AUGUCAAGAGGUAUUAGAUCGAUCGUAUUUGAUAAAUGGGUCUGUGACUAUAAUCUAAACAAAACAAGAGGAUUAUAUUUCAAUACGAUUUCAAACCUAUAUCGGAUCACUGGGCCGGUUCCGUACCGGUACUUUGUAUACCCACCUCUUGAGGGACUUGUCUGUAACUCUGGUGAAGAGAUGAGUAAUUCAAUCGUAUUUGAUAUUGGUGCUCAACUUAAUUAUCUAGACCCAAAAUCAUGGGAUUAUAUUCUCUUUUUAUGUACUUCAAGGUCAUACAGAAAUACGUUGUCCUUUGUGUGCCAAGAGCGAAAACUCAUUUUAUCUACAUUUUUCCUUUUCUUUCUUCUUGAUGAUGUCUGGGUUGAAAAGCAGUAG